UAUUACAAAGAUUCGCGAAUUUUGUGGAAAACGGUGUAGACACAAUUUUUUUCUGCAGAUAAUUUAUUAUAAGAUUAUUUUAAUAUAUUGCAGCUAUAGAUAGGACGUUAAAAUAACCAAAAUUAUCAUAAUAAUUAUCUACAGUUAUUUAUAAUUUAUGAUAAAUGGAAACUUCUCUGAGCUAAUAAUAAAGUAUUAUUGUAAUAUUUAAUAACGGAGUGACGGGAUGUUAUGAAGAAAAUUCUUAAUUUGGUAAAUGUAUUAGACAAAAUCGACGGAUUCAAAACUUAUUAAGAAAAAAUAAAAUGGAUUGCAAAACGCGAAUAUAUUAUACGUUAAUAUGCUUCUUUGUGUUUUACUCUAACGGUGCUAAUUUUGUACCAGGAGAAAAAAUCAAUUACAAUCUUGUGAAUUCCUGGGCUGACAAAUUAGGCAUGGAAUUGUUCCAUCUGGGUGACUUUAUUACGAGAAGAAAGGAAGUUCAAGAGAGUUUCAAAGAAGCACAAGUAGUAUCACGAUCAGGAGCCAAAAUUGUGGAAAAUAUGGCGCAUGAUGUAAAAAUGAUGAUGGAUUUAAAGAUUAGCGCAGUUCGGCGAAUAAUGGAUACAGCAGAAAACACUGCGCUGUCGCAUCAAAACGAGAAGGAGGAUCUGUAUUUUUCCUAUUAUAACGCUAAGGACAUGAGAGAACCUGAUGACCCAAUACCAACACCAGCGCCUCGUGAACUAGAUGAUAUGGGUGAACCGCACAUCUUUGUACCACCAAAAGAGAUUGUUCUAACACCGAAAGCUGAAUUUUUCAAUACGCCAGUUAAUCUGAGCGUCAGUUCAGUGCAUGUGCCCUUGAACGUUUUCGAUCGAGCAAAGGAAGUCAUCAAAUCAAUUCAAUGGUCGGAGAAUUUAGAUCAAAUAUUUCGUGAUAAUUACAAAAAUGAUCCAACAUUGUCUUGGCAAUUUUAUGGCAGCUCGACUGGUUUCAUGCGCCAAUUCCCGGCAGCCAAGUGGAAAGCCAAACCAGUCGAUUUGUAUGAUUGCCGACUGCGUUCAUGGUAUAUGGAGGCAGCGACAAGCCCUAAGGAUAUCAUCAUUCUAUUGGACAGCUCGGGCUCUAUGAAAGGACAGAGGCUAGAUAUCGCAAAGAAGGUUGUGAAUACAAUACUUGAUACGUUGGGUACCAAUGACUUUGUGAACAUCUUCACCUUUGGGAAAUAUGUAGAGCCAGCCGUCAAAUGUUUUGAGGAGACACUAGUUCAAGCGAAUCUUGGCAAUAUACGAGAGCUCAUGGAAGGUGUUGACUCUAUAAAAAUUGCCAACAUUGCCAAUUUCACUGCUGCAUUGACGAAAGCUUUUGACGUUUUGGAACAAUUUCGCACAGAACAACGCGGCGCGCAAUGCAAUCAAGCCAUUAUGAUUGUCAGUGAUGGCGCUCCUUUCACCUAUGAGGAUGUUUUCGAGCAAUACAAUUGGCGAGACCUACCAUUUAUGCCGGUCCGAGUUUUCACUUAUCUUAUUGGCAAAGAAGUUGCAGAUGUUAAGGAUAUUCAGUGGAUGGCCUGUAGUAAUCAAGGCUAUUAUGUACACUUGAGUGAUAUGGCGGAAGUCCGCGAGAUGGUUCUUAAUUACAUACCAGUGAUGGCGAGGCCUCUGGUUCUAGGUAAACAUGAUCAUCCCGUUGUGUGGACUCAAGUAUAUGCCGACGUCAUUGAUCCAAAAAUAUCUGACUGGAUGUGGGAGAUGAAGCAAUGUGACGAUCAACGCGACGAUGUUUUGGAAUUUCGUCGGGAAGGUUUUCGCAUGCUGGAACCAAACGAAGUACACAAACGAAUCUAUCUUCGUAACAAAGCGGCCUGGAAUCAGCCCCUCGAAUCGGAUGUAUAUCAAUUUAUGACCACUGUCUCGAUGCCAGUUUAUGAUCGCCGCAUGAAUGCUAAUAUCACCGAAGAGGUUUUAAUAAAUGAGGCGCUGUGGGAAUUGCAAACUCGUGAGACCAAAAUUGCCAAUCUACUGGGCGUCGCGGGCACGGAUGUACCUAUAAGAGACAUAAAGAGAAUGCUCUCCCCAUUUUUGCUCGGUGUCAAUGGCUACGCAUUUAUUGUCACUAACAAUGGUUACAUCCUAUUUCACCCAGACUUUCGGCCAAUUUUCCAAGGCAAUAUAUUAAAACCGGCUUAUAAUAGCGUAGAUAUGAUAGAAGUUGAGCUAUUGGAUGAUGAUCGAGCAGCAAGAGAUUUCAAUCCCGUACUACUAACGAUUCGUGAUUCCAUAAUAAACCAAUCAACAGGUAGUAAGUGGAUGCUGGUGAAAAAUCAUUUUGACGAAAUGAAACGGGUUGCUCGCAUUAAACGUCAGUAUUAUUGGAGAGCGAUACCUAAUACACCGUUUACAUUGGUAAUUACAUAUCCCGAACAAUACGGUGUACAUCGCCUUUCCAUACGAGCCGAAAAUGAAAUACACCGCAUGAAUAUUAAAGGUGAAAACCUGUUGAACUACUUUGGUGGCAAACGCUGGCGAAUUCAUCCAACAUGGUUGUAUUGCAAGCACAACAAUAAAACUUUUGCAACACCAGAAGAGGAGCUAGUCUGGUUUUUGAAUAAAAUGUCACAGCCUGGUUGGAGGUGGCCACUAAGUAGAAGUGCGGUGCCGCCUGAGCAUGCUGCCCUUUUAUUUUCUAACACAUCUUCCGGGCGCAUACCAUCCAUAAACGAUAAAGAAAGUUACUAUUGUGAUCGUCAGCUCAUGCAAUCUCUAGUCUUUGAUGCACGGGUUACCGAAUGGUUUUCGAGAAACACAAGUUUCAAUUCCAAGGAUGACAAAGGCACAAGCGCUUCAAGCCCAAUUGCCGUGUUAAUGGGUUUGUUGCCAAGAAAUGAAUUUAAACAACGGUUCGGCAUAACAGUGGCAUUCUUGGCAACACACAGCGGCUUAACACGAUGGCAAGAGUUUCAUUCCAAUAUGGCUGAGGAAGCGGGCACUGGCGAGACAUUUAGUGAGCAAAAUAAACAUGCUAUAGACGAGAUGUGGUACAAACGUGCAGUGGAUCAGCAUUUUGUGCACAAGGAUAGUUUCGUAUAUUCAGUGCCAUUCGAUGCAGGAGAUCUUGGAGAUGAAAUCACAGUGACGGCAAGCAACGCUGUCUUCCACACCGAAGGUGCCAAAUCCGCCCCUGCCGCCGUUGUAGGAUUUCAAUUUCAUCAUUCUGCGCUGGAAAAGCUUUUCCGAAAUAUUACAGGCAAUGGGUGUGCUGUAGAGGAUCGAGAAUGCUACAUUAUUGACAACAAUGGUUUUAUUAUUAUCUCUCCAUAUCGUCAAGAGACGGGCAAGUUCUUUGGGGAAAUUAACGGUGGUAUUAUGUCGCGUUUAGUAGAAGAGAAAGUCUUCAAACGUGUCACUGUAUAUGAUUAUCAAGCAGUUUGCUUUGAAUCCAGUGGUGAUAUUAACGCAUCAAACAACUUACUAUCCCCCCUCUUCCACCUCCUGCGUGCGCUCAAAUGGCUGUUCCAUACGGUGUUGUGGUAUAUUGUGCAACUCACCAAUGUGGCCAUUGCCGAAUUUAUAGACCCUUACAUAGAUGAAGACAUGAACGACUACCCAAGCAACUCGAAAAGCACCGACUGGAUCCGUUUGGUGAUGCUGCAUCGCACACGGCUCAAAUCGUGCGACAUGCAACGCCACCUUUAUCUAAUGUACAAUGAAAAGGAUAACGUGGUUUACAAUAUGACAGCCCAUGCAUGCGAACGGCCAUUUGUAGUGCUGCCGAUCCCUAAUAGCAAUAUGAUAUUGUUGGUAAUCGAUCAGCGAUGUCCACGGGACCCGUCCAUACAGUUGACUGUUAAUCCAGUCCCCAUUCCAUACCCCCUCGAUAAGAAUCAAACAUUCGCCUGCUAUAAGAACGAUCGGGAAUUUUCAAGGGUGCGUCCGGUCAGUUGCAUAAACAGGCAUAUAAAUGAAAGUACAAUCAAAUUGUGUGGUAAUGCCGCAAGAAUACGCAUUAACGUGAUUCUAAUGAUACUCUGUAUAUUAUUGAGCCGAUCACUGAAACAAUAACGUUUUCCUAUUUCAAAUUCAAAAUAUUGUCUGCACAUUUUGGAUUAGGUUCAAAGGUUUACUUAGCUCAAAGGCUAACUCAAAAUUAAUAUUGCCUGGAAUACUAUUAAGCCUCUCCACAUGGUUGAAUAGAUUAUACAAGGAAACAUUGGUAGCUAAUUAUGAUAUUUACGCGAGUAAUUGGUAUGGUUUUUGUUGAAAGAUGGUUAAAUGAAAAUCUCACACUUAGUUCAAUCACGUGCGUAUGAAUUUUUCCCAAACAGCUAAAUUACCAUUUUGUAAACUUUGUGAAUAUAUACAAGGGUGUAAGUAAAUUUGUAAAAAUAUGUAUUAUAAGAAUAUUGUAUAUUAUAAAACUUGAUCAUAUUAGAACAUGAUCAAUGUGGCUUUUGAAGCGGUUUUGUUAUAUUUGAUAUAUACAAUUUGUUUGAAAACAAUUAAACAGAUACAUGCAUACAUGCAUAUACAAAUAGACGAAAACUUUCGACAAUUAUUAAAAUAGUCAUAAAUAGUUUUAUUAGUCUAUCUUAUUACAAUUAUAGAAAAUUUAUUAAAGUGCAUUAGAACAUAAUUAACAACUUAAAAAAAUCCAACUCAUUCUCAAGAACAACACUAAACAAGCAUUCAACCUUAAGGCGUACCUGCACACCUGAGAAAUUUAAGAUAAAUAUACGGAAAACAGAGAAUAUCUUCAAAAACUUCGUAUAAGCUCCAACAUAUUUGUGUUGGAAUAUUGGGCUUAAUACAUACAAAUACAAAUUCAAAUUUGUAAUUGAAUAAUAUCCAAUGGAAGGAAACAUAAAGUGAAAUCAAUAUGAAACUCUUUUGUCAAUGUGCUAAAGCUUCUACCAUAAAAACUUGGAAAAUAUACUACAUAUAAAGGAUAGCAAAUAAUUAUUACCUUAUUUAUUAUAUUAAUAAAUUGUAAAAUUACAUUAAAAGAACGUGUAUAAUUCAAAUAAACUC